AUGGCGGCUUCGGCUAAGGCGGGAAAUGCGAUGGACGAUGUUAGACAAGUUAUUAAGAUUCUCGAGGAGAAGAUAUCGAAGUCGUACGAACUUUGUUUGCGCAGAAGAAAGGAAACUGAAUGUUACGUUCAACAAAGUCGCAGUCUUCUCAAGCCAUGGCCACUAAAAUCCAGAGAUAGAAGUGAAGGAAAUAGGCAAGGCCCUGAAUUGUUACAAACUGCUCAGAAUGUGGAAACAAAUACUGGAGGCACACAGAUUGGCAGUAAAGCUGAAGAAGCUGAGAGCCAAGAGUUGGCAGCACUUGAAAACCUGCUAGCAAAGGCUCAAAAAGCCAGGGAAGUUCAGGCAAAGUUGGAUGAGGCUGCAGCAAAAGCAAAGCAAGAUGGAAAGAUAUCGAAAAAACCUCUUCCAGUAACCUCAAAGCUUCUGCAGAAGAAGCCUGGACAACAAACAACAAAGGAAAAUCUUCCAAAAGCCUCUAAACCUCCAUCCAAACGGCCUGCUUCCGUCACGAAGCCUGGACUCAAGAAACCAGUCAUAAAGAGCACUUACAGCGCAUCUUAUAGGGGGCCCCCCACAGCAAAGUCCCUUCUGAGACCCACGAGCUCUCGGGGCUCUGCUAGCAAGUACCUGGACAGUGUGCUGAAAAAAGAUGACAGGAGAGGAACCCACUCAAAAGUUGAUCAUAAGGAAGGAGGAAAUAUUCCUCCAAGAACUGAACCAGAAACUGGUGGGAAAAAUUCUCAGAAGUCCAAAACAAACACGAGAAAUGAUAGUGACGAACAAGAAGGUGAUGCAAAAAAGAAGGAUUCACAAAUUUCGUUCCCUUCAGGGGAGGAGUCUGCAGUCUCAAGUAAAGCUCCAGAAAAAGCUGAUAUUGCCAGGGGAUCUGCUGAUUAUUCAGAAGAUUCCCAGCGGUUAUCAAUGAACGAGAAAGGUAGAAAGCCGAGAAGUGUUAUAGAAAUACCAGGUCAAUCCCCGGGAUUAUCUAAGCCGGCUGAGUCAUUUGAAACAGAGGAAAUAGAUGCACAAGAAGAUUCAAUUGAUCCUUUGGUUGAUGGUGUCGAGUCAGGACUACCUGGUAAAUACCGCAAGUUGAAAGCAACAAGCGUUCGACUGUAUUCCGAAUUAAGAAAAAUCGCCGAAAAAGACGAGGGUAAGUCUUCUCUGCCUUGGCGUAAUUUUGUGGAACGUCUCGAAGCAGGGUUUGACUCAGGGCACAGUUCCCCUCACAGAAGAGUUCAGGAAAAAUCAAACGCACUUCUUGAAGAACAUGAAAAACUGUCGUUACUCACCAGUGCUGUUAUUGCUCGAAGUAAUGAUUUGAAGGAUGAUUCGUCAUGGCAGGAUAUUUACAAGUGUUACAGACACUGGCAAAUUGUGCUCAGUAAAUUCAACGAGUUGCAAAAAAGGACACAACAGCUACUGGAAGUUGAAGAACAACUGAACGAAUGCUGUCCUUGCGGCAACUGUGGUGCGUUUGAGCAGGACCACCCUCGGGACACCUCGAUUGUCCAGGAGUGGAAUAAAGGGUGUGUACUUCUUUCACGCUGGAUACCUGAGGAAAUUCAACACUGCGCAAGCGUGGAAUUAUGCUCGGGGUUUCGCCAACAUUACGGCACAAUGGACUUUACUUACUCCUCUGUUAAGGAGCUUCGUGAACUUGUUGGACUCCAUCACGACGUUCAGCUUCUCUGUCUUGAGUUGCACGUGAAACGGUUUGUCGGUGAUAGGCUGCUGCCUCUAUUGGAAAAGAUAGAUCCACUGGACAGUGAAUUCCUUCGUUUGUAUCGUGUGGUUCAUGGACUUCUUUGUGGAGGUGGCAAAGUUUUUCCAGCCAUGGUCCUCGAUAAUAUCUGA